AUGCCUUCCCUAACAUCAGCGGGCCGCCUCCCUCACGACAUAUGGACCGUCAUUUCCAGCCUCGUCGCCGCAGACUCCGUCCACAGCCUGUGCGCUAUGCAGAUGGUUUGUCGGGCCACGCGCGAUGCAGGCCGGGAGGGCGUCGCCCUUGCCAGCGUCUCCAUACCUUGCCCCAUUGAGAUGGCCAUGACUUGGGACCGUUGUCACGAGGCAGUGGAUUUCUUCAGUCGCUGCAGGGUGAGCGGCAACCCGAAGAUCCUGUUUCGGGAGGGACUACGGGAAUGCUUCCAUCGAGGUCAUCCGGAUGCGGGGCUGGAUCAGCUAUGUUCUGCCGCAGUGAAGGGCCAUAUCGUCGCCAGGUACGCCGCGUCGUUGGCGACCUUUCUUCUCCCGGUGAGGACGGGCGCCAUGAAACAAUCUGUGGAGUGGUUUCGUUCGGUUGCCGACUCCGGUCUGCUCCGGGAGUGCAUGAGAUUGUGCUGCGUGGUCCACUUGUGUCCGUCGCGGCCUGAAGUCCAGCUGUCCCAGAUAGGAGACAAUCUCGUGUGUGAUUCGUCUUGUUGCUCGACCCGGGGCAAGACCAGGGCCAUCUACAACUAUUACCGUUGCGGGAGCCAGUACCAACAUUGGCGCUGCUACGAAGGUGGCAGGACCCUGUCAUGCGUCAAGUGUCGCGCCGACUACGAGUUAAUAUUAUUUGUCAACUGGUGGUGA